AAAAUGCCCGUGGCGUUUUUUACGUUAGUGGAACAGGAAUUUUGGCGGUCGUGGUCGAUGGCUUUUUGCGUCUUUAGUGGAACGCACUUGUUUUCAGUUGACUAUUGACAUUUGUCAAUGCGGUGUUUGAGAUUGGUUUUUGUCAUAACAUUGAUAUUGAAAUUAAUACAUAAAAAGUAAUUUUGUUUCCAUGUUAUAAUAUUACUUAAAACGUAAAAAUGCUUUGUCCCGAAGUAUGGAAUUUCCCAUCCCCCAAAGUGAUAACGUCGUACAAGAAACGUAUUAAUUUAGAAGCUGUUACAGAGAAUGUAGAAUUAAACAGCUUUUAUAAAAGUGCAAUCAUAACUUGUCCAGAUGAAUUACAUACGCCUCAACAUAUAUCUGACAUUCUACUAGAAGAUAGUGAUUAUUAUAAAGUAAACAAUUGUUCUUUGGAUGAAUUUUUGGACCCGAUUUUCAUUCAUAAUUUCGUCAAAGCGGGUAAGCUUUACUGUUUAACAUCGGACACAAACUGCAUAGUACACAACUGCGCCGCAGUAACUCCGAACGGGAUACUAACCUUACAUUUACUGGAGCCGAUAUAUCAGACAUUAGGCUUAGAAGGACGAAAGUGCCCUCACAACUAUUAUGAAGUUAAAAUUGACUUAAUUAAUUUAAAAAACUAUGAGAAAACUAGAAAAGCUUUAAGAAAACUUCAUACAUUCAGUUUUUACAUCUCUUGGGAGCCAGAUACAGAUACCGUUUGUCCAUCUUCAAUUGCAAAGUAUUUAUGUGACAUAAAUUUAGAAGUCACAUGCCACAGCCUUGAAGUAAAGAAAGUAACGCCAGAUAUCAAAUCAAUACCGACAUUAGUGGACACCGAUAUUGAGGAAAUGGUAGAAUGGGUCGGGAUGUUGGCACACGAGGGGGAUUUACGUCCUACAGAGGGCUAUGUAAGCUUAUACUGUGAACCAGAAUGCUCAGCGCCUUUACAAUCAUCACGGAUAUCAUUACUCAUCAUCAAAGGAUUCUUAACACCCAACAUAUUAUCAAAUGUGUGUAAAUCUCUAUCUGAUUAUGUGGUUUCUCGAGAUUUAGAAAACUAUUGGGCGUCGAUUAGCAUACAGAGUAUGGAAAAUAGUUUGUGGCAAUGGAGCCCGAGUAGUCCCAAAAUGUUUCAAGCGCAUAACUGUUCUUCUAAUAUUUUCUUUUGUAAAGAUGGUUGUACAUUAUUUUCAAUAGGACAAUUAAAGUAUUCAUAAAA